GGGUCGUUGCUAGGAUAUAGCCGCAACACAGAAGAAGGCGGGCGCGGACGCCGCUUCCUCCGAGCGCUUCCUGAGAAACCUCUGCGACCCGAGUAGCUGCUUUUCUCAGUCAGGAAAAUGUCUGAUCAGGAAGAAGAAUUUGAUUCUCAGAAUGUUGUUAAUGCAUCAGAAGAAAAUGAAGAUGCUUUUGAGAUUAUCAGUAUUCCAGUUCCCUCAGAAGAGUUUCCAGAGUCAGAUCAAACAGAAGAUAAUGAAUCUGAAGUUGAACCAUCCAGUGAGGGCCCUACAACAUAUGUUAAUGAGGAAAGUUACCAGAGCUUAUCAAAUGUGGAACCAGAAGAUGAAGAACAACUCAUGGAAGAAGCUUUGUUGCCCAAACAAGUUUCAUAUUCUCCCAGAAAUUCUACAGAGCACUAUGUAACUAAAGAUGAUAAUGCAAUGCAGUUAGGCAAACGGUAUUCAAAUGCUGGAUCCCUGGCAUUUCUGGAUAAGAUAAAGGCCAUAAAGGAAUCUCUGAAAGCAUCAGUGAAAGAUCCUUUAGCAACAGUAAAAGUUGUACUUUUUCCUCUGGGCCAGGAAAUUAUAAUGCCUUUUAAAAUAGACAUCAUUGUAAAAUACCUCAAGGAUCAUUUUUCAUACCUACUGAAGAUCCCAUCUAAUGUACUGCAGAUAAGAUAUUCAGGAAUGAUUCUUAAAAAUAAUGAGAUUCUACUGCAACAUGGAGUUAAGCCACAAGAUAUUGUACAAGUGGAAAUUUUUUCUACAGAUCCAGAUCUAUUUCCAAUCAAAAGAAUACAUGGAUUAAAUGAUGCCUCUCAAAUCAUAACUGUCAGAGUACAAACUGGUAUUACUAAGUACCAGGAGGUAGCUGUUGAGAUUAUAAAAUCUGACUUUCACAAACCAUUUCUUGGUGGAUUCAGACAUAAAAUAACAGGAAUAGAAUAUCACAAUGCUGGAACACAAACUGUACCUAAAAAGAUUCCCGAAAAAGACAAUGUAUUUUGUAGGGAUACCCAGACAGUUUUUCAGAGAAAAAAGCUCCAACAGACUACAAAUACAACAUCCACACAGAUGACUAAAAUUGGUGUGUAUGUAUCAAAUAUGACUGAUAAACUGAUAACACCAGGAAAAUAUUUUUCGGCAGCAGAAUACCAUGCUCAAAGAUUACAGGCGGUAAUAGUGCUACAGACUUACUAUAGACAAUGGCAUGCUAAGGUUGUGGUAGAGAAUUUAAAAAGACAGAAAAUGUUAAGAUUGAAGUGGGAAGCAGAGGAAGAACUAAGGAAGGUACGAGAAAAAGAAGAAUGGAUCAAAUUGGACUAUUACCGGAGGCAUAAUCCUCAAACAAAAGAAGAUUUUGAGCUUCUUUAUAAUGCACUGGAACUCUGGCAGCAAGAAGAAUUUGCACGCAUUAACCAGUCUUUCACUGGAGCUGAAAGGAAAGCUGCUUUGUGUGAACUUCUGGAAAAAGAGACCCAGAUAAUUGCUUCCAUUGGGAGGCAUAGAUACAUCGCAUAUAUAGCAAACCGGGAAGCAUUGAUACAAGCUUUUUUGGAUAAGGAACAUGAAUGUAAACUGACUCAGGAAAUUCUAGAACUGAUUGACAGAGAGGUGGACCUUAUGAUGAGAGGAGUCAAACAUCAUAAUCUUGAAGGACUCAGAAAAAGAAUUGCAACACUCUUUUCUCAUUACAUCAAAACACCUCUAUUUAAUCCAGAAGUUGCAAGACAUCUUAAGGUCCCUCAAGACCCAUUGAAGUUUUAUAAGAAGAUUUACUUUUGCCACGGUUGCCAGCUCUAUUUGCCUUCCACAGAGUUUGCUGUCUCAUCCACCUUACACCGCAUAUACCGGUGUCGUCACUGUAUUAACCUUGACAAUGAGACUCGACAACGAGAAUCAUUUUUGAAGUACAAAUGUUUACUUCAGCGGCUCUACUAUUCAGAAGCUGAUUAUGAAGAUGAUUCCAAAAUUGCUUUCCUGAUGCAGCUACAAGAUAUUCAGUACCUGGUAGAGAACAUCUGGGCAUCGCAGUCAGUGCUCAGUGCCUGGAAGGAUCUCAACGAUCUGGUCAUGGUCAGGUGGGAUAAGUCCUUGGAAUGGUCCCCCUGGAACUGCAUUCUUCUUACCAAAGAUGAAGGUGUUGCUCAUCUCAAGCUAACAAGUAUUGAAGAGGGAUAUGAACCCUUGUUUAUUCACAAGAUCAAACACAAACAUAUCCUGGCUAAGAACUAUUUUUCUCAAAUUCCAGCGCUGGCUUCAUUUGUACUUGAUGAUGGUGAAAUAGAUGAGAUCAGAAAGAAAUAUCACUCAGAAACAGCUCCUAAGAUUAUAGUGUCCCAGAGGCCUAGUCCCUAGAAGAUCCAGGACUACUUGAUGAUCAGCAUUUUUGU